GUCGCCAUGUUGGGUGUUUGUGCGAGGGUGGAAGUUGUUUCGUAGUAUUUCAAUUUCUGCUAGGGCAUUGUCACCGUCCAGUGGAGUUUGAAAAAAGACUGGGAUCUUGCAGUCUAUCGGACGGUGUUGGUUGAUUUUGUAAUCAACCAUGCCGUUGAUAAAACGAUCGGUAGAUCCGAUCGAAUUAAGUCGUGGAAAGUUAGAAGAUGGGUUAAAGAGUGAAUUGGAAGCGGUGUCUGUAAACACGUUAUGUGGAAUCAUGCGACAACUAAGUAGCAUUUCGAAACAUGCAGAGGACCUUUUCGGAGAGUUAUUUGCAGAAAUGAAUAAUAUCUUCCAAAGAACGAACUCCCUUCACGAAAGAAUGCAGAAUUUGUCCAUAAAGGUGACACAACUGGACUCCAAUGUGGAAGAAAUUUCUUUACAAGAUAUAAACCUGCGCAAAGCUUUCAGGAGUACAAUUGUGACAGAACAACAGGUUCUGGCGAGCAGCACUCUUCCUUCAGCAAUGAAGGAGAGGUACAGUGGUUGUGACAAGCCUCCAAAACUUCAAGAUAUGAAUCCUUACAGAGACGACAAAAAGGAUGCUCUCAAGUUUUACACUGAUCCAACAUACUUCUUUGAGCUGUGGUGUGAAGAGAUGAGAAAAGAAGUAGAAAAAAAGAAGAAAAAAAGGCGGGCUGGCCGGGUGAGGGCUGGAACCAGCGAGAAAAGACCUGUCAAGGCUGUGAAGAAGAGAGUCUAUUGUGCACAAGGUGAGGAAUUUAAAAAUGCUGGCAUCACCCCAACAUCAUCUACUACUAAUAUCGAAGAGAAUCAUAAGCCUGAAAGACGUAACACUGAGUAUUCUAAACAGCCUAAUGGUGGCAUCCCUGAUGGUGAACCACCCAAUCAUGUUAUCAGUCCUGAUGUUGGAGCAGGAAAAUCAGGUUCUCCAGCUCAGCGGAGACAGUCUAGACGGUAUACUGGCAAUAAUAUAAACCGUCCAAAUGUUGCACCUCCUCCCCCACCAGUCCCAGCAAUUGGGGGUGGGCCCCCUCCUCCUCCAGCUCUUAAUUCAGUACCUGCUGCAAGUGCUAUUCCACCACCACCACCACCUCCAGGUGUUCCUGCUGCUCCUCCCCCUCCUCCGCCACCUCCCUUGCCAGGCGCAGGAGGAAUGCCAUCUCUAAAGCAAGCUGCAUCCCAGUCUUCUGUUGGGUCACAGCCAACAGUCUCACCAUCUUCAAACUCACUGACAACCUCAGAUUCAAGUAUAAGUGUUCAAAGUGGAGACACACCCCUUCCCCCUAAGGAGCAAGUUGAUGGUCGCAGUGACUUACUCUCUGCUAUCAGAAGAGGUAUGGAGCUUAGGAAAGUUCAAGUUCAGGAAGCAAAGAAAGAGCAGCACAGUGACACAAAUGGCAUCAUGGAUGUGGCAACAAUCUUGGCUCGUCGAAUCGCAGUGGAGUACUCCUCAAGCGAGGAUGAAAGUGAGACAGGUUCUGAAUGGUCAGAUGGGGAAGAUGAGUGAAUUGUUUUGUACUGGUUUCAUACUUUUGAAUACUGUAAGAAUCAAUAACUGGAAAAAUUUGCACAAAACAAUCAUUGAUAGAUUGUGGGUUCUUGUGCCAUCUUCAAAGGCCUAAAAUUAAUUUUGUACAAGUGUGAGGUAUGUGAAAUAGUUUCAUACAGCCUCAUUUCAUGGAUUUUGUAUCAACUUUUUAUAUGAGCAGAAUACAACCCAAGCAUGUACUAAUAUACCAUACUUUUGUCAAUGAUAAUUUGUUACAAAAAGGUUAAGGAAAAGUUACAGAUGUGUAAUAUUUGAUGGGAAAAUCAUAGUUUUUUUUUAAUGUCACUAUUAUUGAGAAAUUUUGGAUAAAAUGCUGUUAAGAAAUAUUACAAUUUGAAUGCAGUUGAGCUACUGUUUGCAAUCAAUGGCCUUUUAACUCUUUCACUCUCAGGAGUAGGUAUAAAGGAAUUUCUUCUUGCAAUAUCAAUACAAUUCAAAGCAGGGAGGUGAUGAGAAGACAAAAAAUAUCAAAAGGUGAUCACUUGAUCUGAUGUCAAAUUCUCACAACUUAAAUCACAGGAUAUGUAUUGCAGGCCGUGAAGAAAGUUGAUACCUUGAUGUUGGGAGUGAAAGGGUUAGGUUUGACCCACAGUAGGCAAAAGUUCAUUAUCACAGGUUGCUCUGAUGGACUGCCUCCUGGAUAUUACUGUAACUUCAUAAUAAUUUGUCGGAAUGGUACUUUUGGUAAUUUCCUUUCCACUGUUAUACAAACGAAUUUGAGCCAGUUUGAACCUGGGCAGCUUGUUUUGUUCUUUAGCCAGGACAGAGAUUCUCACCAAAAUUCUCCAUGUCUUGCAAAUAGAAUUGUGACUGGAACCUGUUCAGUUGUCUUGUCUUGUCAAAUAGUCAACUGGUUUGUUUUACCCCGCAAUUGCCUUUGCCAAGCAGUCCCCUUACAGUCAAACCAUCUUGUUGUUUUAGAGGAAAGAAAACUUUUGAGAUAGAGCUAAGAAUUAAUGUCUGAGAAAGUAUUUCCAAGGGCCAAGGGAUACAAACUAGAGAUGGACACAGCAGAGGGUUUGCAAUAAAUUAGUUAAGAAAGUUGGUUCACAUGCAGUAGGCCAACACUUAAAAGGUGAAGGCUGCUUGAUGACUGCUUGCAGAAGCUUGAACUGCAAGUCAAAUUUAAGAGUUUAUUAUUUUUGUUUAUUGAUAUAGUAAAUUGUAAUUGUUACGUUAUGAUUCAAGGUUACAUUAUUGUCUUAUUGUAUGAUUUAUUUCCUUUUUGGUGCAACAAGUCCUCUUAUUUCCCAAUUUGGUUUUCCAAUGUUUCUGAUAAUUGGGAGUCUUAAGUGUCUAGUUGUCCCUUCCCCCUCCCCCAGAAAAAAAAUUUGCAGUGAAGUUCCAGUAGUAAUAACCUUUUGAUCUUGCAGCUGACUAGCAUCCAAUUUCUCAUUACUGUAUCACCAUUGAUUCAAACACAAGGUUGAGAGAAUGAAAAACGAUCAUUAAAUAAACUAUCCUACUUAGUACCAUAGACAAUGUAGGGGAAGCACUAUGUAGAAUAUGCAUAGUGAUUUUAGGGCGUAGAGGGUUAGAGCAGAAAAAAGGAUAUGCUGCCAAAUCUGCAAAUUAAAGAGAGUUAUUACUGUUGAAACGUAGCACUGCUUUACUUUUUAUACUCCUUCAGUCAUUGUUCGUUUAUGAACAGAUCCAUUCUUUAUUGAAAAUAUUCUUGUUUUGUCAUGUCUUGUUUCCAGGAGGUAAAACCCCUUGGCUAGUGACUGAUCAUUAGCUUUACUCGCCAGAACUGUUUGGUGUGACUUUGCUAUUUUUCUUAGGCAAGAGGGAGAUAGAUUGGAGAAAGCAGUAAUUUAACCUUUGAAAUACGGAAUAUUGAUAGCAAAAAACCUUGCAGACUUGUAAAAAGCACUUUAAAGCCACAUAAAUCUUUUUUAUAAAUAAAAUGUUAUCAACUUUGUA